UUCUGUGGUAUCGAGGAGACGCGCCGGAUGGGGAAGAAGAAGCGCAAGGAUGGCAUCGAUGAGCCCAAGAUCGCCAAGGUCUACUGCUACUACUGCGAGCGCAUCUUCGAGGACGAGAAGGUCCUCAUCAUGCACCAGAAGAGCCGCCACUUUAAGUGCAACUUUUGCAACAAGAAGCUCUCGACGGCCAGCGGCAUGGUCGUCCACGUCGCACAGGUGCACAAGGAGACCAUCUUGACCGUGCCCAACGCCAAGCCCGGGCGCGACUCGGUCGAGGUCGAGGUCUACGGCAUGGAAGGCGUGCCCGGCUACUCCAAGAUCGACAACGACCCGAACAAGCGCGCGCGCCUCGAGACGCCGACCUUGUUUCCGCGGCCGCCGGUCGCCGCGUACCCGAUGCAAAUGCAUUACCCUGUCGCGCCGCCAGUCGUCAUGGGACCGCCGCGUGGCCCGCCGAUGGGGUUCCCGAUGCGUCCGCCGCCACCGCCGCCGCACCUCCUCAUGCGCGGUCCGCCGCCCAUGAUGAUGCCGCCUCAAAUGGCAUUCCCGCCCGGCGUCGUUCCUCCGCACAUGAUGGCCCCGCCGCCCCUCGCCGCCGCCAUGACCAGCACGCCCGACGCGCCGACUUCGACCGCAAGCAAGGACGAGGAAGCCUUCGAGGUCGUCUUGGCCGCGCCGCAGCCCGGCAUCACGUUUGUGUUUCCAGAAGACAACAUGUCGAUGGAAGAGAAGCGAGCCCUCUUACCAAAGUACCGCAUGUACACGAAAGCGCAUUGAGAUGCUUCUUAUGAUCGUCGUCUACUCAUGCAGCCUCGUCGCCUCG